UCAUUUUGGGGGGUGAUGUGUUGUAGUUUUUUUGUCUUUCGUCUUCGGACCGUUUUUUCAUUGAACUAAGGUAGAAUAAUACAUAUUUCUUUAUCGACCACUUUUCUUGCGGUUUUACAACAUGACGUACCGUACAGACGUAUGACGUCAGACGCCUGACAGUCCCUUACGUCAUACGGUAACUAAAAAAAAAUCGAAGUACAUUUCUCACCAGGCGUCCACUCUUGUAUUGUCAUAAACACAAAUUUUUUUGUACAUAUAUUGUUCGACUUUGUACGGGAAUCUAUUUCUAAUGGACGCUACUACAAGGGAGGAUCGGAAUCUACGCCUCACGCAGCUAAGGCAACAUUAUUGUUAGCAAAACUUGCUAAGCUACGAGGCUAGCGUAUAGCACCCGAGAGCUAAGCUAUGCGUUAGCCUUAGCUUGCUAAAAGCACUGACAAACCGACAAAGGUAGCCAAUGUGAUCCUGAGCAUGCGAGAGUGACUCUACAAUCUCUUUGGACUCUUCCUGUCAGGAUCACUUUACGAGGAACCCCCCUCCUCUCCCCCCCCCCCCCCCCCCCCCCCCUCCCAAACAGUCCACAGGGUGAUUUGACAGGAUUUUCCAUUAUGUUUUGCUGCACCUGAACCAUGUGAGGGUCUCUGAAUUGGUGUCCGGGGAAAAGACUGACCCUGUCUGUCCCUGAAAAGUGUUCUUCCCCACCCCUUUUUGCCCCCUUCAUCCCUCUCUACCCCGUCCACACAUUCCUGAGCUCCUUACCUAAAAAAGGAGGCACGCCAUGAUGUUCAGAGACCAGGUAGGUAUUCUCACGGACUGGUUCAAGGGCUGGAACGAGUGCGAACAGACAGUGGCUCUGUUGUCCCUCCUCAAGAGGGUGUCCCGCACACAGGCUCGCUUUUUACACAUAUGCCUUGAACACUGGUUGGCGGACUGCACAGAGAUUCAUAUCCUUGAAGCGGAGGCCAACAAUGCAGCCAUAGUUAACCAGUGGCACCAGGAGCCCAAGGAGAAAGUGGUGUCUUUGCUCUUGUCCCAUCUGCCUUUGUUGCAGCCGCGCAACAGCGAGGCCAAAUGUGAGUACAUGAAGCUGCUGCAGAAGGUGUUGAGUCACACCAUUGAGAGUAGCUUGUUUGUGGAGGAGAGCAGACAGCUACUGUCCUACGCACUCAUCCAUCCCGCCACCACACUGGAGGACCGCACGUCCCUGGCCAUGUGGCUCAACCACUUGGAGGAGCACCUAUCGGGCUGUUACACGCCAUCCACACGGCCGCCCCCCAGCCCGUACCACCCGCGUCAGGGCUCAGACGAGUGGCCCAGCUCGGCCGAGGCCCUGGAGCCCGGCCACGCCUGGCACGACAAGUCUCCCUCGUCCAGCACGUCUCCUGCAGGCCACAACGGGCAUAUGGCUUUUCCGGGCGGAUUGUCCUCUCCUGUCAACAGCAAUAACACAGGACUAGGUGGGCAGAUGCAGCCGAGCCCUCUGAAGAAAUCCAUCAUCCCCUCCAGUCCCCAGGCUUGUGGGUCCGAGUGGCUCAGCCAGGAUGACACGGGGAGCCGGCAGAACUUCCUCCCGACAGAUCACGCGCCCCUCUCCCCGCAGAGUAGCGUGGCCUCCUCGGGCAGCGAGCAGACAGAAGAGCAUGGCUCGGCACGCAACACCUUCCAGGAGGACGGCAGUGGCAUGAAAGAUGUUCCUGCGUGGUUGAAAAGUCUCCGCCUUCACAAAUAUGCAUCACUUUUUUCCCAAAUGACCUACGAGGAAAUGAUGAUUCUCACGGAGCAUCAUCUGGAAUCACAGAAUGUCACCAAGGGAGCACGGCAUAAAAUUGCCUUGAGCAUCCAAAAACUGCGUGAGCGGCAAAGUGUGCUAAAAUCUUUGGAAAAGGACAUUUUGGAAGGAGGAAACCUGCGUAAUGCACUGCAGGAGCUGCAGCAGAUCAUCAUCACGCCCAUCAAGGCCUACAGCAUGUUGUCGCAGACCUCGCAGGAGCCGGCCAGCGCUCCGCCAGAAGCGACAAAGUUAGCAACGGAUAAAGAAACAGCCCCUGAGGGAUUCCAUCAUUCCCACAGCACGCCAACCUGUGAUGGAGACUCCUCGACGGCGCCUAUCUCGGACGGCGACAUUGCCGGACAGUUCACCCGAGUCAUGGGGAAAGUUUGCACGCAGCUGCUCGUGUCCAGGCCAGAUGAAGAGAAUAUCAGCUGCUACCUCCAGCUCAUUGAGAAGUGUCUAAUACACGAGGCUUUCACAGAAACCCACAAAAAGCGUCUGGUUUCAUGGAAGCAGCAGGUCCUCAAACUGCUCCGCCUAGUCCCUCGGAAAGCCAUGCUGGACAUGCCCGUGUACCGACAGAAAGGCUGGGCCUACGGGUCCAACUCCCUCCCCACAGCAGGCUCUGUGAGCGGAGGCGUGGGCCGACGGGGCCAGAGGCAGUUCCAGAUAACACCGCGUGGACUCCAGGCUGGGCGAAUGGGUCUGCUGAGUCCCGGCGGCAUCGGCAGCGCCUCUCCUCGCCACACGCUCACUAACCCCGCGCUGGCAGGCCAGGGUCGACAAAGCCUGUGGUUUGCCAACCCCGGGGGCAGUAACAGCAUGCCAAGUCAAAGUCGCAGCUCUGUGCAGCGGACCCACUCACUUCCUGUCCACACCUCCCCGCAAACCAUGCUCAUGUUCCAACAGCAAGAUUGCCAAGUUCCAGGCGCAGACCUGGAGAUAAACCCUACGCUAGAGUCGCUGUGCCUCAGUAUGACGGAGCACGCCUUAGGGGACGGAACUGACCGGACAUCAACGAUAUGAAAUGAAGACUAGAAAAAAAGAAAAGCUCCUCAUCACCCAGCACAAAGAUUUACGUACGCUCGAGCAAACCAGGCAAAGCAGUCACUACAUAAUGACAAAAAAACUGUGUAUAUGUUCGCUAAUAUUUUUGUACUUUAUUAUAUAUAUAUAUAUAACUAAGUUUAUUAUUAAGAAAAAUGGAAUACAGAUAAUUAUAUUGCAGGACAGGGAGGAAGGUUCACGACCGUGUCACUUGCAGGUCUGUGACAUGGCGCAAUUGUGAGAGCGAGAAAAGGAUCGGUGCUGUCUUAAAAACGGCCCUGUAUGAGUUCUCCUUCUUUUCCCUAUUCCUCACAGUUCUGCACCACCUCGCGUGUAGAUCGGCCAGAUGUAAGGCACUUUUAUCCAUACGGCACUAGACUGUAAUUGGCUUAAAGAAGACACUUUGGAGAACCCGAAAGGCUUCUCAAAAGGUUAGUCUCUUUACGGUCUUCUCCAGACAUGUUUUGAGAGAAUAAGCACGUAACUCAACAGCAGGCAUCGCCUUUUAUUUAAACGUUCCACCCUGAAGACUCCUCCUCUCCACUAAAGCCAAAGAGAAGGGUUGAUCGGUCGAUGGCUCAUUCGGGAAGGAUUACUUGCAACAGAAUGGUUUAACUUCAAAAAGCAGUUGGAGAAUGCUCGGCUGCGCUUUGCCGGCGUUAUUUUAAUUUUAUUUUAUUUUUUUUCCCCCCUUUUUUAAAAAAAAUAACUCCCUACUGCGUCAAUGAUGAUGAAUUAUCGCGUUGUGCUGAGGAGCUAGGGCCGGCAAAGGGUUGUACUAUUGCACAAGAGCUGAUUUGAAAUAUGGAUCCUCUCCAGUGACCCCUAGUACAGGGGUUCCUCGCUUUUAUGACUGCAUUCCAUUCCCAUGGCGGCAGUGUAACUCAAAUUUGUACUAAGGUCGAAAUGUGUCACAGUCAUUCACUAACCUAUGCUAAAGCUGUAGUAAGGUCAUAAUAGCAAAUAUUUGUAUGAAAAAUACUUAUAGGCUAUAAAUAUAAAACAAUCCAAUGAAAAACAGAAAGUACAGUGGUAACUGAGUGACAAAUUAUUCUUACGCAGUGGUGCGAACUACUUUGUAACAUCAAAACGUAUGUGUGGACCGUUGUAAACCGAGGACCCCCUGUAUUGUCGUAACAUUCACAUAUACUGUACAUAAACAAAUGAGAAACAACACAGUGGAACCCUUUCUCCAAUGAAUUGAUAGAGAAUCCCUAAUACAGCUAACACUCUUGACAACUGGCCAAUAAAAAUUGACCCGUGACCUACUCCGGGACCCCAAAGUACACCCUUUAGAAUCACACGUGACGAUUUGAUGACUCAUGCGUUUCCAAGGUGCUCCAAGAUGGCCAUACUUUUCCGUUAGUGUCUGUGUUUCAGUCAACCCUUAACAUUAUCGCGUGGUAUCAGUGUUGAAUCGUUUAAAAAAUAAUAAUAAUAAAUAAACAAAAGAAGCGGUCUUCUAACCCGGCCUCUGUCUUGGAAUGUGGCAGAGCGGAGGUGCAUGUACGUUUGAAUAUGGUCACAAUAUGGCUCACUUUGUUUGUUCGGUUGCUUUGUAAGGCAGGGAUGACCGAGUUUUUAUUUUGUGGCAGCACCCAUAGUAAAAAAGCAAAGAUAGUUCUACAGUGGAAACCCCAAAGUUGUCUCCAAACUUAUUCUAAUUUCAGGUUUUCCCAUAGGACAUAAUGUAAAAAUUCGUUCCACAGUUAAAUUUUCAGCAUCAUACCCCAAGGAUCAAGAAGUCUAGUAGCCUUCACAAAUCCUUUUGUCUUGCUGAAAUUAGCCCGAAUCGGCCCUAUCUCAUGCAUGUGAGCCAGCCCUCAUCUUGGAACACAUACUGCUGGGCCUAUAAGGAGUAUGGAUUUGGCUACCAUGACAACUAGCGGCAGAGCAAGGGGUGGGUGCACUGACAACCCUGAAUCUAAAACAGCGGGUGAGAACUGCGAAGCACAUGCGCCCCCCCACGAAGACAGCAUGGAUUCUAUUUUCCCUCAUGGAGGCAGCACUUCAGCACCAAGUCACCAAAUUACACUUGUCAAUUUCUGUGCUGACCUGUGUAUGUGGCGCAUGCAGUGGGCCCAUCACCAAACACAAAUACACUGCCACCCCCACCUUGUCAAGUAUGUGCCACUGAUCAGAAGCUAAUGCUAAUCUGUGCAUCCAACAAAACUCAAUGGUGCUCUCCUUACCUUUUUGCUUUAAUGUACUAUUUCACCAAUCCGUGUCAAGACUACAAAUGAAUGGCACUUGCGCAAAGCUACCACUGGCUAAUUUAACCAUACGAAAUUCCCUGCACAUUUUCAGAAGUAGGCAGCUAACAAAACAUUUACUUGGUUGUUAAUUUUCACACUUAGAAUUACAAUCUUUAUUGUCAUUGCACAGUGGUUGGUAGGCAGUGGGCACACACUCCAGAGACCCAACUACUUGUACAAGCCAUAAAAAAAGUAUUUUGAGUCCUGUAAUAUGUUCUCUAGAUAAUUGUAUGUAGUUACGAGCUAUGUGUUCAGCUACACAAUUUUUACCUUAAAUAAAAUAAAUUCCAUUUAAUUGAUAUUUAAUGAAUUGUAUUGCUCCUAUUUUAAACUAAGCGGCCCGACACAUUCCUAUCUCAGAGAGCUAACUAAUAUGAUGAUGUUUGAGCCUUUGAACUCUCAAGUUUUGUCGGUAGUUCAACUUUGGAGGUUCCACUGUAUACUCAAACCUGUUUUUUUAUAACUCUCCCUUGAUAUGGAUAACUUAUGCUUACUUUGUAUAAUCGCAUGUUUUUUGCCACACUAAUACAGCACUGUUGUAGUUAAGAGGACAACAUGGUGAGCAGACAUUUUGCAACUAAAAGUGUGUGUGUGUGUGUAUGUGUGUUUAUAACGCCUGUUUACAUCUUUCUAAGAUAAAGCCCAUGUCAUAUUAUAUGGAAAAAAAAAAAAAUUUUGGCGUCUGCGGAUCUUUAAUGGCAUCAUGUUGUCGAGUUA